GUUUCUGCUUUGGGACAGCUACACAUCUGAGUCCUUAACGUAGUUUUAUAUGUAGGACGUACAGAGGAGCAGGACCAUGCCCCCACGGCCGUCGUCGGGUGAGCUGUGGGGCAUCCACUUGAUGCCCCCAAGAAUCCUCGUGGAAUGUUUACUACCAAACGGGAUGAUAGUGACUUUAGAGUGCCUCCGUGAGGCCACGCUGGUGACCAUAAAGCAUGAGCUGUUUAAAGAAGCAAGAAAGUACCCCCUCCACCAGCUUCUGCAAGAUGAGUCUUCUUACAUUUUCGUAAGUGUUACCCAAGAAGCAGAAAGGGAAGAAUUUUUUGAUGAGACAAGACGACUUUGCGACCUUCGGCUUUUUCAACCGUUUUUAAAAGUAAUCGAACCUGUAGGCAACCGUGAAGAGAAGAUCCUCAACCGAGAAAUUGGUUUUGCUAUCGGCAUGCCAGUGUGUGAAUUCGAUAUGGUUAAAGACCCAGAAGUGCAGGACUUCCGGAGAAACAUCCUGAACGUCUGUAAAGAAGCCGUGGACCUUAGGGACCUCAAUUCACCUCACAGUAGGGCCAUGUAUGUCUACCCUCCAAAUGUGGAGUCUUCGCCAGAACUGCCGAAGCACAUUUAUAAUAAACUAGACAAAGGGCAAAUAAUAGUGGUGAUCUGGGUAAUAGUUUCUCCAAAUAAUGACAAACAGAAGUAUACUCUGAAGAUCAGCCACGACUGCGUGCCAGAGCAGGUCAUUGCUGAAGCGAUCCGGAAGAAAACUCGAAGUAUGCUGCUGUCCUCUGAACAGCUAAAACUCUGCGUCUUAGAAUACCAGGGCAAGUAUAUUUUAAAAGUGUGUGGAUGUGAUGAAUACUUCCUAGAAAAAUACCCUCUGAGUCAGUAUAAGUAUAUAAGAAGCUGUAUAAUGCUUGGGAGGAUGCCCAAUUUGAUGCUGAUGGCUAAAGAGAGUCUUUACUCCCAACUGCCCAUGGACUGCUUUACCAUGCCGUCCUACUCCAGGCGCAUCUCCACAGCCACGCCGUACAUGAACGGAGAGACCGCCACGAAAUCCCUCUGGGUUAUCAACAGCGCACUCAGAAUAAAAAUUCUCUGCGCUACAUACGUGAAUGUAAACAUUAGAGACAUCGAUAAGAUCUAUGUUCGAACAGGUAUCUACCAUGGAGGAGAACCCUUAUGUGACAAUGUGAAUACCCAGAGAGUACCUUGUUCCAAUCCCAGGUGGAGUGAGUGGCUGAAUUAUGACAUGUACAUUCCUGACCUUCCUCGCGCUGCUCGACUGUGUCUCUCCAUUUGCUCUGUUAAAGGCCGAAAAGGUGCUAAAGAGGAGCACUGCCCAUUGGCCUGGGGAAAUAUAAACCUGUUCGAUUACACCGACACUCUCGUAUCUGGAAAGAUGGCUUUGAAUCUUUGGCCAGUCCCUCAUGGGUUAGAAGACUUGCUGAACCCUAUUGGUGUUACUGGGUCAAACCCAAAUAAAGAAACUCCCUGCUUAGAGCUGGAGUUUGACUGUGUUGUGAAGUUUCCGGAUAUGUCUGUGAUCGAAGAGCAUGCCAACUGGUCUGUGUCCCGCGAGGCAGGAUUUAGUUACUCCCACGCAGGACUGAGUAACAGACUUGCUAGAGACAAUGAGUUAAGAGAAAAUGACAAAGAACAGCUCCGAGCCAUCUGUACCCGAGACCCCCUCUCUGAAAUUACGGAGCAAGAGAAAGAUUUCCUGUGGAGCCACAGACACUAUUGUGUAACUAUCCCUGAAAUUCUACCCAAAUUGCUUCUGUCUGUUAAAUGGAACUCUAGAGAUGAAGUAGCCCAGAUGUACUGCCUGGUCAAGGACUGGCCUCCCAUCAGGCCGGAGCAGGCGAUGGAGCUUCUGGACUGUAACUACCCAGACCCCAUGGUUCGAGGCUUUGCUGUUCGAUGCUUGGAAAAAUAUUUAACAGAUGACAAACUGUCUCAGUACCUGAUUCAGCUGGUGCAGGUUCUAAAAUAUGAACAAUAUUUGGAUAACUUGCUUGUGAGAUUUUUACUCAAAAAAGCAUUGACUAAUCAAAGGAUUGGGCACUUUUUCUUUUGGCAUUUAAAAUCCGAGAUGCACAACAAAACGGUGAGCCAGAGGUUCGGCCUGCUCUUGGAGUCCUAUUGCCGAGCGUGUGGGAUGUACCUGAAGCACCUGAACAGGCAGGUCGAGGCCAUGGAGAAGCUCAUCAACCUGACGGACAUUCUGAAACAGGAGAAGAAGGACGAGACGCAGAAGGUACAGAUGAAGUUUUUGGUAGAACAGAUGAGGCGGCCAGACUUCAUGGAUGCCCUCCAGGGCUUUCUGUCUCCUCUCAACCCCGCUCAUCAGCUGGGAAACCUCAGGCUUGAAGAGUGUCGAAUCAUGUCCUCGGCAAAAAGGCCUCUGUGGCUGAACUGGGAGAACCCAGACAUCAUGUCCGAGUUACUGUUUCAGAACAACGAGAUCAUCUUUAAAAAUGGGGAUGAUUUACGGCAAGAUAUGCUGACACUUCAGAUUAUCCGCAUCAUGGAAAACAUCUGGCAAAGUCAAGGUCUUGAUCUUCGAAUGUUACCCUACGGCUGUCUGUCUAUCGGUGACUGUGUGGGGCUCAUCGAGGUGGUGAGAAACUCUCACACCAUCAUGCAGAUCCAGUGCAAAGGCGGCCUGAAGGGGGCGCUGCAGUUCAACAGCCACACGCUGCACCAGUGGCUCAAAGACAAGAACAAAGGGGAGAUAUACGAUGCCGCCAUUGACCUGUUCACACGCUCGUGCGCGGGGUACUGCGUCGCCACCUUCAUCCUGGGGAUUGGGGACCGCCACAACAGCAACAUCAUGGUGAAGGACGACGGGCAGUUGUUUCAUAUAGAUUUUGGACACUUUUUGGAUCACAAGAAGAAAAAGUUUGGUUAUAAACGAGAACGUGUGCCAUUUGUAUUGACACAAGAUUUCUUAAUAGUGAUCAGCAAAGGAGCCCAAGAAUGCACAAAAACAAGAGAAUUUGAGAGGUUCCAGGAGAUGUGUUACAAGGCUUACCUUGCCAUCCGGCAGCACGCCAACCUCUUCAUCAACCUUUUCUCCAUGAUGCUCGGCUCUGGGAUGCCGGAACUGCAGUCUUUUGAUGACAUUGCAUACAUUCGAAAGACCCUGGCCUUGGAUAAAACUGAGCAGGAGGCUCUGGAGUACUUCAUGAAGCAGAUGAAUGAUGCACACCACGGCGGCUGGACGACAAAGAUGGACUGGAUCUUCCACACCAUUAAGCAGCACGCGUUGAACUGAAAGCUCGCCCUCUCGAUUCUACGUUGCACUGUUAACUGUCCAACAGGCAAAGACUGAUUGCAUAGGAAUUGCACAAUCCAUGAACAGCAUUAGACUACAGCAAGAACAGGAAUGAAAUACUAUAUAAUUUAAAUAAUGUAAAUGCAAACAGGGUUUGAUAGCACUAAACUAGUUCAUUUCAAAAUUAAGCUUUAGAAUAAUGCGCAAUUUCAUGUUAUGCCUUAAGUCCAAAAAGGUAAACUUUGAAGAUUGUUUGUAUCCUUUUUUAAAAAAUAAAAACAAAAAUUCCCAAAAUAUAUAGAAAUGAUGGAGAAGGAAAAGGAAUGAGGUUCUCUUGUCCUGCAGAUGUUCUGUUUUGAAAUGUGGACACAGAGGACAGUAUGAAUUAGACCCUAGGAGACCAGAGCUUAUGUUAAAGAAUGAGAUCGGAAAAGAAUGAGAGGUUCUGACCUUUCCACCACUGUUCAAUUCUUAGCUUGAAGUGGGUUAUUGGCUCCUUGUUUAAUGAAGAGCAAUGCUUGGGGUGGAAGGGACUCUUGAGAUUUCACCAGAGACAUUUUCUUUUUAAUAAAUCAAACCUUUGUGACAAUUUGGGGUCUUAUCUGCACAGUUUUGGAAGCAGUCACAAAUGAGACCUGUUCUAACGUGGCGUUUUAGUUUUUGUUUUCUGGACAGUAUUUACAAGGAUCUGAUUCUUAUUUCCUAGGGAAAUUCUGGGCUCCCACAAAGUAAAAACAAACAAAAAAGUAUAUUGUAGAAAAAGAAGGAGCAGGAAUAGUCCUUGUUCCAAAAUUGUACAGUAUUCAUCUUAAAUUGAUUUUUUCCUUCUUUUGCAAUCGAACUGAAUACAUUUUUCAUGCAUGUUUUCCAGAGAAUAGAAGUGAGUAUUAAUGUUAUUAAAAAGAUUAUUUUUUUUAUUAAAGGCUAUUUAUACUAUAGAAACUAUCAUUAAUAUAUAUUCUUUAUUUACAUGAUCUGCCCACAGCCGUGCGCUGUUUUGCACCCAGACGUACUUUCCGUAGCAGCGUGGACAGCUUUUCCCCUUGGUCUGUAGUGGAGGCUCGGGCACCAUCCGUGUACACGGAGCCAGCGUGUACUGCUUGAGGAAAACAGGUCAAACUGCGUCCCCUUUCAUUUCUUUUUCUGUUUUCACAUGAAUUCCCACCUUCUAUCCCUUUUUAUGUUGAGAAUGGCUCAAUCAUAUGAAAUUCACACAGUUUAGAUUAUCUUGUGGGUUACUUAAACCCCGCUACUGAAUUAUGCUCAUGAAUAAUACUUUAUAAUACGAGGGAAUAGAAACCAUGAACUUUUUAUCUUUUUAAGCUAGUUAUCCAUAUCUCAGUGGUAAAAGUAGGACAUUAAACCGUUUUAAGAUCAUGUCCCAUUUCCAGGUAGUCAGGGCUUACUCUCCAACUUCAUUAAUCUCAUUCAAGCACAGGACACGUUCUUAAACAUCUGAAAAUUAACCCAAGAUGCCGUGACUAAUACUAGUCGUCAUUCUAAAAGCCGAUAUUUUAACUCGUUUUUGAAAUGAGUGAUUAAUGUCCUAGGAAAUAGCUUUAGCAAAUGUCAAGGUGCCACACCGAGAAAAGUGCAAUAAUUUACUGACAGUUUUCUAGAGUAGGCAUGUUGUUGGAAAGCAGCUGUUCAGGGUGCACAUUGUGUACUCCAGUAAAACAUCACUUUAAAAUCCUCGUUUAUGAGAGCGGGCGCCUGUAGUAGAAGUGUGAAUAGUGAACAAGGGACUCUAAUACAAAUACUCAGUACCGGCCUAGAACCCUUAGAGGGUGUGAUUACAGGAGACCUCGGUACUU